AUGAAAACCACCCGGAGGGAUCGAAAACGAGACCUUUAUUCAAUUGUGGACGAUGAUGAGUUGGACCGUAUGGUUCUUGAAAUACACAGAGGACAUCCAAACACCGGAUACAAGCUCAUGCGUGGCCAUCUAAAUGCAAGAGGUGUGCGUGUUCCAAGCGAAGGCAGUACUCUGUACCUGGCCCCAAUUGUUUAUGGCAUAGACGGGAAUCAUAAACUCAUCAGGUGGAGAUUCGUUAUCCAUGGUGGGGUGGAUGGAUUCAGUCGUCUCGUGGUCUACCUGACUGCGGCUGGCAAUAAUAGAGCCAUUACAGUCUUGGAGAGCUUUAAGACCGCUGUUGAGCAGUAUGGACUGCCGUCAAGGGUACGGUCUGAUAAAGGGGGAGAGAAUGCAGAUGUGGCUGAAUUUAUGAUCAGGAGUAGAGGAACAGACAGGAAUUCACACAUUACUGGACGAAGUGUCCACAAUCAGAGGAUUGAAAGGAUGUGGAGGGAUGUUUAUGAACAUACACUAGACCUCUUCUACCAGAUCUUUACGUCACUGGAAUAUCAGGGACUUCUCAAUCCGGAUAACGAGGUCCAUCUUUAUGCACUGCACCGGGCCUUCCUUCCUGUCAUUCAGCAGAGCCUGAACGAUUUCAGAGAUGCCUGGAACUUCCAUGGUCUCAGAACUGAAAGGAAUCAGUCACCUCAACAACUCUGGAUGCGAUACAGAGACCAAGGCCCUAUGGAGGAUCCUACCCAGGUUUAUGAUGACUAUGGCAUUGACUGGAAUGGACCACACAGUCUGGAUGGAGGCCUGGUGUCAGUCCCUGAGGUUCAAUUGGCACGUGAGCUCUCGGAAGAAGAACUUAACAUGUUGCCACCUGUAGGAGUGUCUGUAUCUGAUGCAAUACAGUGUUAUUUAGAAACCGUUGAAAUUGUGUGCAGCAUGACAACAACAAACUGAUGCAAAACUUGAGAUUUAUUAAACUCUUUGAGAACAACAGCCACUGACGAGUCAGUGCAGAAAUUGAAAAUGAAUGUUAUUCACAUAAUCAGCAGUCCCUGGGCCAGAACAGAUGUUUGUGAACAGUAAAUUCUUUGGGACGCCCUCUAUGAACUUAACUGAGCUGACAUGGAUGCUACAUGCAGGGAAUUCUUUUAAAAAGUAAAAAAUUAAAGUAGCC